GGCAGCAGCGGCGGUGGAGUAUCGUAACACAGAGUCCCAGCCAGGGACAGACAGGGUCCGACCACGUCCCCCUGUCGCCACUGGACACAUAGCCGACCACGACGCGUCUUAAAGUGCAGCACCGCCUCUGAAGGUUUGUUUGAACGUCAGGUUUUGAAGAAGUUGAUUCACCGGGAAGUUUGCCAGCCACGGCAGCAGUUACUGAAGCCUGGAAGCCGGUGUGAAGAGGAGAGCACCAACCUCAACUUCACUGACUCCAGAAUAUCGGUUUCAGGCUUAUUUAACCGACUUAUCUUCUUAAAACCUUCAUUUCUCCCCAAAAAGAGCAGUCUCAUUGGACCGCUGUUGUUUCUCUGUUUCUCUCGCCAAAAACCUUCCAACUUUGUGAAAGCUCACCUCAGUGGUUUGUGACAGACGCAGGGAAAGGAGAAGAAAGGAGCUCGAAGACGAGGACGGGCGAAGUGGAUGUUGUAUUUUCAGCCAUGGAUGUAACCGUGUACCCGCCUCCUCCUCAGCCUCUGGCCGCGUCAGACCACACCAGGCUGGGGCAGCUCUCCUACCCCGACCCGGCUUUUGGGACCAACAAGCUGGACAGGGACACCAUGUUCCUGGGUACACCAGACGCAGGCCUUGACUUUGCCUCAACCAAUCAGUUUCGUGUGCCACAGCCCCCUCACCCUCUCAGCAAGGCGACGCCACCCAACCCGCCCUCACAGCACUGGAGGAGGGACACACACAUGGCCGACACACACCGUCUGCCUUGGUCAUACUCGAUGGGUGGUUUGGGCGAUGAGGACUUCAACAUCCCGCCCAUCACUCCCCCCACCCUGCCAGACCACAUGCUGCCCCCCCAUCUCCCCCACGAUUCUCCCUCUGGACCGUACCACCCUCUGGACCCCCCCUCCAGCUCAGCUCCACACCACCCCUACCAGCUGCAGGGCAUGGAGCUGCCUGGCAUGCCUGGUAGCCAAGAUGGAGCUGCUAUGUUGAGCCAAGAUGGCGGCACAUUCAGCCCGAAUGGCGGCCCAAUGACCAGUACUCUGUCUGUGAUGCAGCAGAUGGUCAACUCUGAUUCUCGGUUUACCAGCAGCCAACAGCCAAUCGAAGCAGCGCUUGGACCCAGGAGCCACUCAGGCGUGAGCCAGCAAAGUCAUUUGUCCACUAUCAACCAAUCCCAGCUGGGGCUGAGUGGGAACUCUGUUACCCACAAUUCUCCCUCACCUCCUGGAAGUAAAUCUGCUACACCAUCUCCCUCCAGUUCAGCACACGAGGACGAGAAUGAUGAGGGACUCAGGCUGGGCAGUGGGGAGAAGAGGCCAGCAACAGUGGACAUCUCCAAGAAACCCAAAACACCAAAGAAGAAGAAGCGAAAGGACCCUAAUGAGCCAGUGAAGCCAGUGUCUGCCUACGCUUUGUUCUUCAGGGACACCCAAGCCAACAUCAAGGCCCAGAACCCCAACGCCACCUUCGGGGAGGUGUCAAAGAUCGUGGCCUCCAUGUGGGACGGCCUGGGAGAGGAACAGAAACAGGUGUACAAGAAGAGGACAGAGACGGCUAAGAAGGAGUACCUGAAACAACUGGCUGCCUACAGGGCCAGCCUGGUCUCACAGAGCUACAAUGAUCCAUCUGAAAUGAAGCCGCCCCACUCUUCCUCCACGUCUUCCUCUUCUUCUACCUCAAUGUUUACACACAAACCUUCAGUCUACUCUGGUCACCCAGGCCAGCACCCUUCCUCCAGCUCACUCGCCCACCCUCACUCUCUCCCUCCCCCUCAGCACCCGGGCAUGUACAUGACAUACCCUCACCCGUCUCACCCUUCUCAUGCCUCAAGCCCCGGCCUCGGGCCGCACCUGCCCCCUCCCCACACCCAGAUCCACCCCCAACUCCAGGCUCUGUCCUCCAGAGGGACAGUGCCUCGGCCCAGCGUCCCCCACCAGGGAGCUCUGUCCCUUGGCGGUAUGACGGCGGCGUCUACCCCUCCUCUCCAGGUCAGCCCUCCCCUCCACAGCCAGGCGCACCUGGGAGGGCUGCACAGCCCGCACCAUCAGCACCAGCAGCUCAGUGGACAUCCACUGGGGAUGACACACUCGCCUGCCAUCACACAGGGCUACCCCCCCUCCCUCCAGUCUGACUACCAGCCAAUAGGAGGAGGAAUGCUUAAUGGGGGAGCAGUGAUGUCAUCAUCGAUGGACUACCACCAGCUGGGUCGACACACGCCGAACCACCACCCCUCUCUGGACUGGAGCACCGAUUACCAUGGCAACGGAGGUCUUCAGAGAGACAAGCAUCUCUAUCUGAGCUAAUCUCAGGACAAAGUGACACCAAACUUCAACCAAGCCCUUCUACUGCCACACCACGGAACCUCUAGCCUCAUGUCUACAUGCACCUAGGCCAGCUCACUCCAACCUCAGCCCCCCGAGGACUCAAGCCACAGACCACCUAUAUUUUAACUAAGCUUGAGUUCAGCACUUCAAAUGAAAGCCCCAGCAGUAGAAUAAUGGGACGCUUAUGUGUAUUACUAAUAUGUCUCUUCUAAGGGACAACAGGACAGUGUUAAGAACAGGAAGUACUUUCUUCCAGCUCCUGCAUGUCACUUGGCUGGUCUGACAUCUGCUGUUGGCUGUAUUUUUUUGUACUCAUCAUUUGCAGCAUGACACAUGCUCUGAUUUGAAUUGAUGUGUAUAGCAGCGAGGAGUGGUGGACAGGUCCUAUGCUGUGAACCAUGAUGAUAGGUGUAUAUACUCCUCAGCCUCCCCCAGAAAAGGAUAUUCUGUCUAGUUUCCCGUCUGCCUGAAAAAAAAGUUCAUAUCUAGUUCCUCAUUUUGUAAAGAUGGUGUUCACCAUCAGUUCCAAAAGGCUCUGAAGAGCAAGUGUACAUUGCUGUAACAUAAAUGUUUGAGCUGUCGAUUUAAAGCCAAUUGAUUUUUCUUCUUCUUUUUUUUUUUUUUUUUUUUGACCUCGUAGUCGCCGUAUCCUUCUAUGGCCAAAGUCAAGAGAACACAGCACACAAACAAAGGGUUGACAACCAAAUAGAACGCAAAUUGUGUUUCCCUGCUGGUUCUUUCAUGAUAUGAAUAGUAGCCUUCAGUUUGAUGCAGUGUGGACUGAAGUCCUGUUCUGUGGAGACAGAAAAGAUGAUUCUGAACACAGUGAUAAUGGCUGAAUUCACAUUGCUUUAUUCAGCUAAAGACGAGUAAGAGAAAGAGGUGAAGCAGUGUUGCCUUUUUAACCAGACGCUGACUGUGAAUAAUUGUGUACGACUGAAGAACUUUCAUUGUUCUCUGGCAGUGAGGCUCAGAUGUGCAGGGUAGAAAUUCAAUGUAUUUUAGUCCUUGAAAUAAUGAAAUGUCAAACAGUUCUUUGUUGGAAAAAUAAGAAACAAAAAUACUCCUGUGUACGGUGACAGCUCCUCCUCCUGGCAUAUGUCUGUUGAUACUAUUGAUUUGGAUCCAAACUGUGUGUGUGUGUGAGUGUGUGAAGUGUUAAUGAGAAGGCAGAGUGGUUGAUUGGGUUGCAUGGUCCCUUUUUUCAUCUCUAUUUCUCUGUGCACAGAGGCUAUUUAAGAAACUAUAACUGUUGCUGGGUUGGCUGUAUUUUAAUGUUUUUUAAUCAAAUCAAGUUUUGUUUUUAGUGUUGAUGAUGAUGAUGAUGAUGAGAGACACAUAUCUCUCGCUCUGUAUCUCUUUGUAUUAAUGUGUUUUUUGGCAGAUGAAAGGACUCUGGGCAACAACAACCAUGAAGAUUUUCUUAUUUUUAGAUUCUAAUAAUGUGUUUGAGAAUAA